AUGGAUUAAUUAAAUUCAUGGGGUUAUUGUAAUCCAACAAAUUGGGAAGAUAAAUUGCCAAAACCUUAUAAGUAUUUAAGUUUAUGAUUAAGAUAGAUUCAUAAACAAAAUCUUAAAUACGAUGAUACUUAAUGAAGUGUAUAAUAAAGUUUUUGAGAUUGAAAAAUAUCGUUCAGAUCCAAAUUAUGAAGGUCAAUUAAGAACACUUCCUCCUUAGGGUGUUUUUGAUAUACCUUAAUUAAGUUGCAUAAGUCGAGAUAGUUCAAGCAAUUUAGUUGCAGCAGGAGAUACUUAAGGAAAUUUAAUGAUAUUAGAUUUGAGUAAGAAACUAAGGAUAGCUAAGAAAGAAACAAAUGGGAAAAGAAUAAUGAAAGUUUGUUUGAGUAGUAGAGAUCAAGCGAUAGAUGAUUAUAAGAAUGUUUGUGUGUAGAAAAUAAUAAUAAAUUUAGUAUUGGAGUUGUUUAGCAUAAUGAUCCAGUUGUAUCUAUAUAUAGAUUCAGACCAUUAGAAAAUAAAUUGUUGCUUCAUUAUACAAUUACAUUAUCAAAGGAGAAGAAUGCAAUAGGUGAAUAUCCAGUUGAUGUAGACAUAAGUUAAUUUUCUUAAUAUAUAACUGUUACAUAAUAUAAUGGAAGUGUAAAAGUAUUUAGGAUUCCAGAUAUAAAAAUAGAUUAACAAUCUAAUUCAAGUUAAAUAUCAAGCAAUAGUGUUGGAACUUAAAGUCCUAGACACUUAUAGAGUUUAUAGAGUCAAUUUAAGCCAUCUCCUAUAAAAGGGAAAGAAUAAUCAAUUGUGGCUCAGGUACAAUAAUAGUAAGUUUAAACAUCACCUAUGGAUAUUGUAUGUUCUGAAUUGACAGAUAUGAUCUAUUAUGUUAAAUUUGAUGGAAUAAAGAAAACUCUUGAUUAUAAUGGAAUAAUAGCUAAAAUUAAAUAGGAUUUGAUAGCACCAAAAGAAGCUCCACCUGAAGAGAAGGUUGAUCCAAAAAAGAAGGGUGCACCUGCUCCUAAAAAAGCAGUAGAAGUUGCACCUGUAGCAGUUGUAGAAGAAAUACUAUAUGAAGAGAAUGAAAAUGGAACGACACCAAGUGAUGAAGAUUAUCCAGAGUAAAAGUUUAGAGCAAUGGUUGAAUUUAUUACUGAAAGAUUUAGUAUUCAAAAUGGAAAUAAAACAUUUAAUUCAUAUAAAUAACAUGAAUGUAUAACAGGAAUUGUUGUUGGUUGGACUAAUACAAAAAGACUUGAAAUACAUCGUUUUACAAGUGCUAAAAGAUCUGCACUACCAGAAUAUUUAAGUGCUUCUUUUGGAUUACCAUCUUAAUAAUUAUUAAAGUAAUAACCCACUAUUACUGAAGUUCAAAUUAUUUAUCCUUUGAAUUGCAUAGCUAUGUCAAAAUCUUCAGUAUAUUUGGCUGCUGGUUUAGUAUAAGGAAGUGUUUUUGUCUAUGAUUUGAUUUUAGAAUAAGAAAGAUUUUAUUUAGAUAAACAUAUGUAUAAUUGUACUUAAAUAUAAUUUUGUGAUGAUCAUAGAUUGGUUUCAUCAUCAUAUGAUGGAGGGGUUAAUAUUUAUGAUUUAAAGGAAGGCAAAUUGUUAUGUAAGAGAACUCAUCAAUUUAGAAAAGGAACUAAAGUCAAAAUGGAAGAAUAAAAAUAAGGAUUAUGGAGAAUUAUUGGAAUGAGUGUAAGUCAUACUGGAAUAGCAGCUGCUUUAGAUGCCUAGCAAGAAGUUAGAAUCUAUGAUGUUUGGCAUGGUGAAAAAAUUGCUAAGCUCACUCCUUAAUAAGUUAUGGAUGAUAAAUUAAGAUAAUGGGUUAACAAUAAAGCUUUAGUUUCAUGUUAUAAAAAUGAAAUCUUAAUCUCAGCUGACGUUCUCCAAGUUAAUCAAUAUACAACUUUGCAAAUUUUUAAAAUAUUUGAUAAUCUAGUUAAUUUAUUUCCUGGAUUAGCCAAUAUUUAUAGAAAAGGAAUCGAAAAAGAUAAAGUCAUGAAUCUUUUUGAAAAAAUACCAAAAAAUGAAUUACAAAAUCCAUAAUUUGAUAUUCCUAAUCUUUAAGGAAAUGGAAAUAAUUAAUUAAAAAUUCCUGGAUAAGAACAUCGCCCAAGUUAAUAAAGAGGAAGUUAACAAAGAGGAAGUCAAUUAAGAAUUGGGUAUAUUUUAUAUUAAUAAUUUUAAGAUCAUAACAUGGUUCUCAUAAAAGUGCCAAAUUACCUCCUGCUGCACCUUCAAGCAUAAAGGGAGGUCCUAUCUCUCUCAUUAAUUCAUUACAUAAAUCUAAUCAUUCAGAUUAAUAAGUUGAUUUUAAUUCCUCUUUCAAAAGUUAUUAAGCUUCUUCAAUGUCUCAUAGACUUUCCAAACAAAAUUCAAAAUAAGCUAUACUUACUAAAGAAAUGCUUCAUCCUGAAUAAUUCUUACUAGAAAAAGAUAAAACUUCCAUGCCUCUUUUAAUAAAAGAUGACACUAGUAUGGUUGAACAUUGUAGAAGUAGAAAUUCUGAAAGAUUAGUGAGAAUUGAGAAGGUUAAUAGUAUGAUCUAAAAAGUUGGAUAACAAUUAGCUUAAGAAGAGGAAAAGAAGAAGCUUCAAGAGCGUCAUCGUUAAUUAUCUUCUGCUAAAUGAUUAAUUAAUUAUGUAUUUGUUGUAAUGAGCCCAAAAAAUAUAAAU